GUACAUUUCACUCAAUGAGAAAAUGAGUCAGAUUUAUACAUGAUCUAUUACAAAUACUGCUGAUAAAAUUUCUAAGAGCAGAAAAUUCCAAGUUUUGAUUUUCAUCCCACUAAAGUUUUACUGGAUCCAAAUCUUAACAAGAUCCAUACAUUCAUGUUGACUACAGACUUUUACAAAGUUUAGGCAAUUUGUGUUACAUAAGAGCAGUGGUGGUGGAUGAGUCUCAUAUCCACAUGUCAUCAUCAUCAACAUUUAAUUUUGUCAUCUUUUUCCACAGAAGGCCAUUCACCCUUUGCCAUGGAACUGAAUUGAUGAAAAGGAUAAGGAACCAAAAUGAGCUUCUCAUUCAGCCUCCAUGUUCCCAAAGCUCUGCCUCCUAUUCCCACUUCACCAUGGGGGACUGCUUCUCUCUUCACUGCUUCCAAACAGAAAUCAUCCCUCAACAACACUAGUCAUUCCCAAUCACUACAUAUAGUUGCAUGCUGCAGCCAGAAGACAAAUGAUUAUCUCAGCAUAAAGAAACCAAGUUUGGCAUUGCACAUAGGAGCACUCUUGGCCUUGGCUGAGCACCCAGCAUUAGCAGUCACUGGUGAAAACCACCCACAAGAACUCUUCGGGGUUUUGAUACAAUUGGGGAUUGUUCUCUUUUUCUACUUCAUUGCAACUCCUCCAAUAAUCAUCAACUGGAUCUGGAGAAGAUGGUACAGAAGAAAUCUUGUGGAGAUGUAUUUCCAAUUCAUGUUUGUCUUCAUUUUCUUCCCAGGGGUCCUUCUUUGGGCACCAUUUCUAAACUUCAGGAAGUUCCCACGGGAUCCAUCCAUGAAGUACCCGUGGUCUAUACCUGAAGAUCCUUCAAGAAUAAAAAACGCAUACUACAAGUAUCCAUAUGCAGAACCUGAAGAUUAUGAUCCAUGAAGUUACCAUCAAAACACCAACGAUUUCGAUGUUCGAUUGUAUUUCUCAAGUACAGUUUUCUCCAACCACAUUGUGUUUCAAUGUAGGAUUAUACCUUAUUCUGGCUUUGAAUAUUAAGAGGGGUUCAGUUGAAUUUAUCCAUAUGACGCAGACCACUCAAAGCAAUUAUCCAA